UUAUAUAAAAAAAAUGGAUCGGAUGGAUCUGAUGGAUCCGAUCCAUCGGAUCCAUCCGAUCCAUCGGAUCCAUCCGAUCCAUUGGAUCCAUCGGAUCCAUCGGAUCCAUCCGAUCCAUCGGAUCCAUCGGAUCCAUCGGAUCCAUCAGAUCCAUCCGAUCCAUUGGAUCCAUCCGAUCCAUCGGAUCCAUCGGAUCCAUCGGAUCCAUCCGAUCCAUCAGAUCCAUCGGAUCCAUCCGAUCCAUCGGAUCCAUCGGAUCCAUCCGAUCCAUCGGAUCCAUCCGAUCCAUCCGAUCCAUUGGAUCCAUCCGAUCCAUCGGAUCCAUCGGAUCCAUCCGAUCCAUCCGAUCCAUCCGAUCCAUCGGAUCCAUCCGAUCCAUUGGAUCCAUCGGAUCCAUCAGAUCCAUCGGAUCCAUCCGAUCCAUCCGAUCCAUCCGAUCCAUUGGAUCCAUCCGAUCCAUUGGAUCCAUCAGAUCCAUCGGAUCCAUCCGAUCCAUCGGAUCCAUCAGAUCCAUCGGAUCCAUUUUUUUUUAUAUAA